CAAAAACCUCUUAAGUGCUACCAUAUUCAGAUUUAUAUCAAUUGUUGACAAUGUCCUCCGUGACUCCCAAUUCGGAUAUUAUCCUCAUAAAGCAAGUGGAAACGCUCACAGGAUAUCGAUUUCAAGAUGGGGAACUCCUGCGAAAAGCUCUAACAGCGGCGGGUGCGGAUAGAGACAACCAUGAGGGCAAUCGCACGCUCGCACAAGUUGGGAAGCAUUUUGUAUCCCUAUGUUCUGUGAGACUGGGAUACCUAUCUGGGACAAGCCCUCAAAUCUGUUCAAUAAUGAAGGAUCAAAUAGUUAGCAUUGGACGCUGCGCAAAGCUCGCCCAGUCUGCAAAGCUCGAUCAGAUUAUCAACUUUUGUCCUACAUCAGGAAGUCGAUCCUCUAAAUCAUUGGAUUUGGCAAUCAAUGCUCUCAUAGGCGCUAUUUACCUUGAAUCAGACAGCAAUCAGAUUACCACAAGAGCACUCGAACAGAUGAGAUGGUUCAAGCCCCAUGUUAGGCCACUGUCUCCAGGUGUUUUAGAGCAAAAUAUUCGAAUGGACGAGCGUGAAGAACUAGCACCUUCGAAUGCUCUCAUGUCAGCUAACAAGCCGCCUAAGAAUAUAGCUGAAGAAUAUUCUCAACCAAAAAAUGCAGUCUUCAAUGGCUUCAUGGAAGAAGAAGCUAAAGCGUGUUUUCGUCACGGGAUCAGUCCUCCUCAGGAGACCUAUCUUAAUCCGAGGGCUUUACGGCAGAUACUCGAACUGCAGAAAUCAGUCCCUAAAUGGCUUAAUCUACCCAUGUUGUUCCUCACCUUUGCUGGUCCACAAUCCAUUGCUGGAUUGCAUGACAACAUUCAUGGGAGCCUGGGUAUAGAGAACCCAUCGCCAGCGAUCUUUCUAGCUCAAGCGUCUGCUAAACAAAGAUACUGCAAUAUAGAAGCCUUGGAGAAUCUGAAGUGCCAUGUUGAUCUCCUGAUUUAUUACAACACCUGGCAAUUAUUCGAAUUGUGCACAGACCAGGAGGGCACUGAUUUGGGUGUAUCCUACCGACCCGACGCCGGUCCCCAAGGACCUGGCAAUCCAAUCAAUCUAAGAAGAGCUGACAUAACGAGAAGAAUAUUGCAGAUAGCGUAUCCAGACCUGGAACCAAGCUCAAGAAGUUACUCAUUGAUCCGUCAAAGAGUGACGGUUCUGCGAAGAAGGGGGGAACGACUCAAAUCGCUUCACGAAUCAUUUGGUUUGGGCAUCUUUGGACUAAUGCAUUCUCAUGAUAGUCCAAUCCCGUCGCUUUCUCAUCUAUUGUGA